AUGGAAAUUUUGAAUGGUGCUAACAUUAACAGAUGGACUCGCAAACCUUAUUCAGAGAAAUGCAUUAAGAUUUUGGAAAAGAGAAAGAUGCUCGCAAUUUGGCAACACAGAGAUGAGUUUUUGAAUGCUUUUAGGGCCAACCAAGUUUUGGCUCUUGUUGCUCAAACUGGUAGUGGUAAAUCCACACAGAUUCCUCAAUUUAUUUUGGACGACAUGGUGACAAGUUCAGAGAUGGCGAUUGCGUGUACUCAGCCUCAGAAAGUUUCUGUAAUGUCUGUUUCACACCGUGUGGCGGAAGAGAUGGGUGUCACUAUUGGGGAAGAGAUAGGUUACAAAGUCAAAUUUGAAAAUCGCACAAGCUCGAGAACAGUUUUGAAGUAUGUUCAAGAUGAAAUGCUUUUGAAAGAAGCAAUGACAGAUCCACUUUUGCAACGUUACAAAGUUAUAAUUAUUGACGACAUACAAGAAAGAACUUUGGCUACAGAUUUGCUACUUGGAUAUUUAUCUCCACUGAUUACAAAAAGACCCGACCUGAAGUUGGUACUUAUGAGUACAGGUCUUGAAUCUGAAAAGUUUAAGAGCUUUUUUCAAGAAUUUUAUCCUAGUAUUCAUAUUAUGAAAGUUCCUAAAAGGUUAAAUCCUGUGGAAAUUGUCUAUAGUAGCCAUAAUGAACUUGACAGGAAUAAUAACUUGGCUGCUAUUAUUAAGACUGUGGUGAAUAUACAUAGACAUGAACCUCAUGGAGACGUACUUGUGUUUUUGAGUGAAGAGGAAGAUGUUGAAAAUGCAUGCCACAAAAUAUCAAGAGAAAUUUCUAAACUAGGAGAUCUUGUCGGCCCUAUGAAACUGAUUCCUCUAUAUUCCUGUCUACCUGCAACAAUGCAACACAAGAUUUAUGAGGAAACUUGUGGAAGAAAGAUUGUGGUAACAACAGACAUAGUAGAAUCUUCCUUAACAAUUGAUGGUAUUUCCUAUGUUGUUGACUCGGGAUUUGUUAAGAAAAAGGUUUUUGACCCUAAACUAUAUAUGGACUCUGCACUUGUAAUGUCAGCAAUAUCAAAAGCAAGUGCGGAUAUGAGAUCAGAGCAUGCUGGUAGAACUAUAAGGGGGAAAUGUUUUCGACUUUAUACAGAAGAAAGUUACAACAAUCUUGAUCAAGAGACAUGUCCUGAAAUUUUGAGAUCAAAUCUUACCAACAUGAUUCUCUCUUUCCUGAAACUUGGUAUAGAUGAUUUUUUGUUUUUUGGUUACGUUGACUCUCCUGAUAUGGAGUCUCUAGUGCGCGCCUUUGUAACAUUGAAGUUCUUGGGUGCAUUUGAUGAUAAAAAUUGCAAGAUAACAUAUCUUGGUGAGAUUAUGAGUGCGUUUCCCUUGGAACCUCAAAUGUCAAAAAUGCUACUUGUUAGUCCUGAAUUCAACUGUUCAGAAGAGAUAUUAUCAAUUUCUUCCAUGCUAUCAGUACCCAAUUGCUUUGUGGGAUCUAGAGAGGAACAAAAAGAAGUAAAAGCUAAGUUUCACAGCACUCAUGGAGAUCAUCUCACACUCUUGAACAUCUACCGUGCAUACAAACAAAAUAAAGAGGAUCUCACUUGGUGCAAUGAUAAUUUCAUUAAUUAUUGGGCACUAAAAGAAGCAGAUAAUAUAAGACAAGACUUGACGCGUAUCAUGAUGGCUACAUUCGAUCUGAAUUUAUGUAGUACUGACAUUAACAUCAGUAUCAACGACAUAAGAAAGUCUAUUCUUGCUGGAUAUUUCUUGCACGUAGCACAUUUAGAUACUACUGGAAACUACAUCACAUUUGAAGGCAAUAAGGUGAUGAAUUUUCAUCCAUCAUCCAAUUGCUUGGAUGACCACAAGCCUGAAUGGAUCAUUUUUAAUGAAUUUGUUGCUACUGAUUAUAAUUUUAUUCCUAUAGUAACAACAAUACGUGGUGAUUGGCUGGUCGAUUCAGCAGCACCAUGGUCAACGUACUACCAGUUAUCAAAAUUUCCUAAUAGUGAAGCAAAGUGUAUUCUUGAGAGACUUAGCGCAUAUGUUUCGUAUGCAAGAAUGUUGAAGGAAAGAAAACUUGCAGAUGGAAAGCUUGGAAAGCAUGCAAACAUAAGCACAUUCCAUCGAUUGUUACCUUAUCAACACAAUAGGAAAAGAAAACAAAGACUUUAG